AUGUCUGAUAACAGAUGCUUCAUCGAUUGCACUGUACCGUCCAACGCCAGCUACACCAAUGCGUUUGACAAGCAUUCCGCUUUUUCAUCUACACAGCUGCCGAAUGCGUCUUCAUGUACAAGGACUAACGUAUCAGCUCAGCAAACCAGGGGAGGGAUAAAUGCAUCGCAAUACAAUGAGGCACCUUCUGAAAUAAUCGUUCCGGAGUACUUUGACCAGGGAAUUCUCUCGGUGUUGAAUGACUCUGUGUCUUUCGGCGAAUGUGAGACCUUUGGGCCCAGUGAAGGCCGAUUUUCAUUGCUUCCCCUUAAGGAUGAGGCGAAAACCCUUACUCAUGUACACAAUGGCAGUGACGACAGGGAACGUGAGCACGACCUAUCGCCUUCAUCAUCUUCCUUUUGGCAUUCAUACCCUUUACGAAUCUCAGAGAACGUCGGGUGGACUGAAACAUUGCCGCUGCCCGCAAGAGCAAUCUCUUCUCAGACUUCUCACUGUGCAGAAACACGAUCAGUGUGUGCGCUGGAAGGCGCCAUCACUUAUUCGCCAUAUUUAUUCGUCUGCUCCUUUUUUGACCAUUGGUGGGCGACAAACGGCGUCAAUUCGCUGGAGCGUCCAAUGCAAAAACAGCACCUCUGUGACACAGGGCAUAGCAUUACACCGUCCUUGCCUCCUGUACAGUUGCUCAAGCUACGGGGUCACCAACCUGAGUUGCAGUCCCAGUCCGCUAAUAGCAAUAGUGAUUUGGUUAAUAGUGCUGCUGGUGCUGCCCAGCGUGAUACAUACGUGGAGGUGCCAGGAAAAGUAACAACGGUGGCGAAGUCCAAAACCACAGGUACCCUCCCUUCCGACGAAGCCCGGACUAAGCGAGAGGCAGCGAGGGGUACAUCGCUUGAUGCAAACUGGAGCCACAUGAGGGAGCCUCCGCGAAAUGAGCUCGAAGGGAGGAGGUUACUCCAAAAGUCUUUGGAUUCAGAGUCCUACUUUGCUCUCCGCCGUGAAGCACACAGGGCAUCUUUAGCGUCGGUUCGGCACCAGCUCAAAGAACAUUUUACGCAACCCAAAAUUUAG